AUGGAACCGCAGCCCCCACUCCGAGAAGACUCCGCCGGGGAUUCCAAACGACCCAUUUCGCUGCCGACCGGGGACCGACCCGUCACUUCUGUAGCCGACAGGCCAGCCUCGUCCAUGGGCGACCGUCCCGUGACGCGAGUGAACUCCUUACGAAAGACAGGCCACGCAAAGUCGACCACAUCUUCAGACAGUUUUGACAGCGAUGUGGAACAGGCGGAGUCGGGUCGACGCUCGCCUAGCUCGGCCGCCCCAGCAAAGAAGAAGCCGUUGUCAAAGCAGGUGGACGAGCCCGCUCGUGGUAGCUCCGCUGCCACACAGGUGUUUGUGCUUCCAGAAGGCUGGCCACGCGGAACGUACGAAACCCGCGUCAUGCCGCUUUUGCCGAAACGACCGAAGCUUCUGGGAGGGACGCGAAAGCGGUUUACGGAGAUGUAUUCGAAGAAGAUCGAUAUGAUGAAAGAGACCAUGUUAAAGAUUCAGGACCCAAUAACAGGAGUAGAGAUGAAGGACCGGAAAAAAAUGUUUAAAACAUAUCAGAACUCUUUUGUUGGCAAUGAUCUUUUAAAUUGGGCAAUUGCGAAAUGUGAUUUCAUGUCGAAAGAGGAGGCACUCCGUUACUGCAAUGCAAUGUUUGAUGCCGGAUACAUCAUAUCGGUCGACUUGCAUGACAAGUUCGCCACAGGAGACAUUUACAUAUGCCAGAUACCCUACUUCUGGCCCUCGGGAAAAUGGGUGGCAUCAGAUUUUGAUUAUACCGUCUAUCUAUUUAAGCGAAAUAUCAACGCCAGCACAAAGUAUCUCCUUCCAGAAUGGGAAGAAGAGCGCCUCUUCCGCUUACAGGAGGUGUAUUACGACCAAUGGGACCUGGUGGAGAACACCGUGGAGGAUCAUUUAAGCCAUAUGAAAACAGCGCUGAGCAAAGGCGAGAGGCGGACAUGGAACUUACAGGAGUACGGUUUUUGGAGAGUGAAUCGGCCACCGUCGCUUAGCGGGCCCCAGAUGUCUAUGUUUGCUGGCGAAGAGGAGAGGCUUAAGGAGUUUUAUUCGAAGCGGCGCUCGAAUGAAGCUUAUGAAAAAAAAAUGACAGAACAAGAACUAUUACAAUGGCUGGAAAAGAAGGUUGAAUAUCACAACGUCAGUCUGUCGUUCAACCGGAUGAAGGUGUCACAAGCAGCAAAAAGCUUAUUGCAACGAUGCGAAAUGUGGCACCCCCUCGACCCCAUGCUCGCGACCCAGCCAACCGUGGGCAAUCCCUGGCUGACCGACGAGCCGUCGAUGCUCGGGAUACUGUCCAGCAACAGCAAUGCGUUUGCGCCGAGGAAGUUCCCGACGGUUGCGGAGAUCAAGCUGUGGACGACCUCGUUUGCGGAUCUGAUGAGGGACCCGUUGGGCGUGCAGCUGUUUCAUGAUUUUGUUGAGAAGGAGUUUUCUCAGGAAAACCUGGAAUUCGUCCUGAAAUGCCAAGCGCUAGACUCCAUCUCUCAACGCGACGAAUACAUCUUCGAAGCGACCAAAAUCUACGAUGAAUUCGUCAAAAAGGGCGCACCACGCGAACUGAACAUCAACUCAUCCGACCGCAACGCCAUCAUCUCCCAGUUCGAGGCCCUGGAGAAACACCCACACAAGGAUCUCAGCCACUAUGUGUUCGCCGACGCCUUGAAGCAUAUCAUGGGCCUGAUGGCGAAGGAUUCGUAUGUCAGGUUUUGUAACAGUGAUGUCAUAAGCAAGGCCUUGUCGAAGGCGGUGGAACGGGAGGCGGGGGCGUCGGAUGAUUCGUCCGCUAAAGCGUCGUCACGGGCACGGCCAUCGUGA